AUGGGACAAGGAAAAUCUAAAUUCAACAACUCACCUUUAUACAACCCUGCUGAAUACACCGAAAGCAACGGUUUCAACGAUGAAAGAUAUGGCACCAUGAAGCUCUGGAUUAACAAUGCUACCCAAUAAAAGUAUGCUGAAAUUUCCAAGACCUUGAACGACGAAUCUGUUUUGGAAAAGAGAGUCGAAGAAUUGAACUUCAGAAAGGAAUUAGAUCACCCCAGCAUCGUCAAGUUGGUUUCUUUCAACUCUUAAAAGAAGGACGAAUUCUGCUCCUCCUUCUACAAGUUGGGCUUAUUCUACGAAUACUUCAGCAACAAUUUGAGAACUGAAAUCUCUGAAAGACAAAAGGUUAGAGCUGCCUAUAAGGAAGGUGAACUCUGGUAUCUUUUGGAUACUCUCCUUAACGUCGUCUACUACUUGAAGUCAAAGAACGUUAAUCACGGUGAUAUCAGACCUUACAAUGUCAUUAUCACCCCUGAAGGUCAAGUCAAGCUCGGUGAAAUCUUCAUCCACGUUCAACCUCUCUCUUCCUACUCCCAAUUGUUGAAUAACAGUUUGGAAGAAUACUACAUCUCUCCCUAACUUUUCAGAUGUUUGAAGGAAUUCAACGCUUCUCCUGUCUUCGAUGCUAACAAAUCUGAUAUCUACUCUAUUGGUAUGACUGUCCUCGAAGCUGCCACCCUUGAAAACGUCAGCCGUGUCUGCUACGACCAACAAAACUACGUUGUCAAGACCGACGAAGUUAACAAGCUUUUGAACCAAGUUAGAGCUCAAUAUUCCUUAUCUCUCUACAGUUUCCUCUAAAAGCUCCUCACCGAAGAUGAAGUCUUGAGACCCUCUGUUGAAGGAUUAUUCGAUGAACUCAACUAAUAAUAUGUCCAAUCUAUUAACACUCACGGUCUCACCACCAUCGAAAUCAUUUCAAACCAAGUUUCUCAAAUCCAAGGUGGUUUCAUCUAAGAAACCUACGAAGAAAAGGAAGUUGUUUAAAGAUCUGCUAACCCUGCUAGACAAUCUUACACUCAAGAAAAAACCUAUGAAGCUCCUAUUAAUUACACUACUACCACCUACACCACCUAAACCCCCGUCAUUGAAACCACCAACUACAACAAUGAUGACCUUAAUGCUAGAAUCUAAGCCGUUUUAGCUAUGAGCAGAGAAACUAUUGCUAAGUAUGGUAGCUCUAACCUCAGCUACACCAGCGCUCCUGUUAACUACACAACCACCACAUAUACCACCUCUGCUGUUCCCAACACCACUUAUACUGCUACUUACACUGCUCCUAUUGAUGCUAAGGCCAGCCAAAUCGAAACUAGAACUUUCCUCAAUGAAAAUACCAAUAACAUCGAAACCAAGAGCUACUAAUAAUAAGAACCCGUAAUUAAUUAAACUUUUUCUAUUAUUUGA